CGUCAGAGUCAAAUCCGAUGGAGAGGGACGAGCCGCCAUCUUUUGUGCGUCUCUCCCUUUAGCGAUUAAAAAAAUAAUUUUGAAACUGGUUGUUUGCAUCUCCCAAGUCAAAUAAAUAUUCGAAUAUAUGUAAAUAUUAGGUUCUUCUCCAACAUGCGUUGUAUAUUGGACUGGAUAUAACUAUUUUUCUCGCUUGCAGCCCAUAUUUCAAAGAAGUGGCAGCAAGGUGUAGUUUCGCCCAUUUCGUGAAUCCGGAGCGAAAACGAAAGGCUUCCUGGAAGCGAGGUACAUGAGAACGGACCUUAUUUUGUCAAAGACGCUGGAAGUGGCUGUAUGAAAUGGCAAAUAUUAUUUGUUUUUCUUGAUAUUUUUCGCAAGCCCUCUCAAACCGCACGGAAUUACGACUGAAAUUCGGUCGGACAGUUCACUUCAUCACGUGUUCUCUCCUCUGUUUCUCUCCCUCUCUCCCAUCCUCGUCAGGCGGUGAUUGGGCAGGGCGCAGCGACGAGGGGGGUGGCUCCAUCCCCUGGCCACUGCAUGGCUGCGAUGGCGCCCGCUCUGACCGACGCCCCAGCCGAAGCCCACCGCAUUCGCUUCAAGCUGGCCACACCCUCGUCCGACCUGUCCCCGUCCGCCAGCGCCGAGAACAAUAGCAACGCCACCAACAUUCUGCUCUGCGCGCCCAACGGUAGCGGCAGCCCUUCCAAGCGACGUGUCACCAACGGCACUGACCACCACCACCACCAUUAUCACCACAGCGCCCAGGAGAAGAGCCUGCUGCGUGGCGACACACUCCCCGUCGCUAAGUCCCCGUCGCUGGGCAAGCUGCAGCCCCUGGUGGCCUCCUACCUGUGCUCCGAUGUGACCACGGUUCCGUCGCACACACAGGCCAAGGAGUCGCUCAAGUCGCACCUGCAGGGUGCGCUCAUCCAGCAGACGGUGCUGAAGAGCCAGCAGCACCAGAACCUGGGCCUGUUUGCCGCUACGGCCGGCGGAGACGCGCUGCUGCGCAAGAGGCAGGCGCUUGAGAUCACCGGCGGCCAGCUGCAGGGCCUCCUCAGCGGGGGUGAGAGGACGCCCGCACCCGCCACGGGCAACGGGCACGCCAUGCCCAUCAACGGACUCGCCAAAAAGAUGGCCGCCAAUGGCGUAGGUGUGGUGAAUGGCGGUGGAAAGACGGCUGCUGGCCAGAGCACUCAGUUGCCCAAGCCUGCUUCUGUCACGCGGAGCGGUGGAGGCCUGUCGAGAGCGUCGGGGAGGGGGCAGCAACUGAUCGCCCAGACCGUCUCUCAGGGCGAAGGCGGUGUGGAUGACCCCCCUCAGCCCACCCAACCUUCACCCUCUCAUUCCCCUGUAUCCCACGACAACGGCUCUUCGCCCUCCCCUCCUCCCUCCACCUGCCAGAGUGCCUCGUCCCAGCGGCUGGAGGCUGAGCCUGAGGGGCCUCCCUCCAGCUCUGACUUCACACUGACCACCUCUACCACCACCACAGACCACAGACAUGAACCUUCCUCCUCCUCCCUCCUGCGUCCUCCCUCUCCCUCCACAGCGGGUCUGCAGGUGCAGGAGCGCACGCAGCAGACGCAGCGACGGCAGGCUGACAUCGAGGGCCGCCUGCGACACCUGCGCAAGCGGCUACAGGUGGUCCAGGCCAAGCAGGUGGAACGGCACGUGCAGCAACAGCUGACCGGCCUCCUGGACAAAACGGCCGUGCACCGCGCCGGCAGCGGUGGUCACCAUAUGCCCACGGACCCCUGGGGCCGCGUAGUGGACCCUUCCUCCUCCUCGGCCGCUGCGUCCACCUCCUCCUCGGGUGUGGCGAACUUCCUCAGAAGUGGCGCAGUGCCGGUGGAUCUGGAGCGCCUGCACGCCAGCGGCAGCAGCUUUCUGCACUCGACCGAGACCGCAUUUGACUCGGACGCCACCGAGAGCAGCUCGGGUGGGGAAUCGGACGUGGAGCAGGACGAAAUCGCCCGCGCUGACCCGGACAAGCGCCAUGUCCAGCUAUGGAGGAGGGCAGAAGGCCGUUAUGCGGUGGAGCGAUCGGCCAUCAUCAGUCACUGGAACUGGCUGCAAGCCCACGUGUCGGACCUGGAGUACCGCAUUCGCCAGCAGGCAGAGAUUUACAAGCAGAUCCGCGCAAGCAAGGGCGCUGUGGAGUUGGCUGAACCUGCUCCGUGUGAGCUGUCCACUGACAUGGAGCCCUCGCCGUGCGCCGCACCUGAGAAUGGGGACUCUGAGAGGACUGUGAACCCAGCAGCAGAGCCCAAUCACUCUAGAACGCCCAAAUCCAUCAACGGCAUCCCAAACAGCGCUGAAGACGGCUCUGACAGGAAGCCCCUGGGCGUGACCCCUGACCCCACCUGUGUGGCUGCCCGCACACGCCCAUUGCUCAGCUGUCGGAGACGACGACUCGUCCACCCCAACGUCCUCCCCAACCUCACUGGAAAGGUUCCCAAGGCCUGUGUUGCAGGUUGUGGGGUGAACACUUCCUGUCUCAUGUGUGGAGGCAGCAGGCCCCCCCAGCCUCCCCCACCCCCUCUGGAGCUGUCUCUGCCAGAGCGCCUGGCCCACCUCGACUCUGGCAUCCAUCCUAUCCUCUCUCUGCCGUCAGACACAAAGCUCAGCAUUCAUCUGCAGAGUCUGAUGAAGGCCCAGGGGCAGGGUGGCCAUGCCCAGAGGCUGAAGGCCCUGAAGAAGCACUCGCUCAAGCACAAGAUUGCCCUCAGCCGCAUACGCCUCCCCCAGCCUUCCGCCGCCUCAUCCAAACACAAGCACAAGCUGGGCAACUCGCACAUGGCCGCAGUCCGGCUGGCCCACCAUCGUAAGAGUCGUCUGGAGCGCUCCCACCAUCGCUCCCUGGCCGACAGAAGCGGCAGAGUGUCGAAAUCGGAGACACACACCCCAUACAGAUCGGGGAGGCCUCAUGAGCGCAGCCACAGUCGCAAGAGACCGCGGGAGCUGUCAGGAGACAGGACUGAUGGUCCACGGCAGCUGAUGGACACUGGCAGCCCGUCUGUGUCCAUCUCCAGCCUCCCUCAGUCCACUCCCAGCCCCCUCAGCCGACAGCUGUCUCUCCCCAACGAGGCCUACACGCCGCUUGGCCCCGGCAGCCAGUCUGGAGCGCCCAUCCGUCGCAGGAGAGGAGAGAGCUCCUUUGACAUCAACAACAUUGUCAUCCCCAUGUCUGUGGCCGCCACCACUCGAGUGGAGAAGCUGCAGUACAAAGAGAUCCUCACGCCACGCUGGAGGAAGGUGAACGUGUUGGACGAGCCCGUCGCAGAGGAUGAGGAGGAUGCAGAGAUUGAGGACCUGUCAGACGCGGUGUUCGCUCAGUUGCACCUCCCCCUGCAGGAGCAGGAACGUUCUCGCUAUUCCUGGAGGGCCCUGGCACCAGCCAAGAGGAGAGGAAGCAGAUUAUUUAAAUCUCUGGAUGGGCGCACCACGCCGUUGCUGGGGGGAACCAACCCCUCCACCCCCCAGCCGUCGUCCCCGGACAUGGGGCAGUUCCACGUGCUGCAGGACUAUGGGCCACUGGCGUCGCCAAUGAGCCCCCCAAGCCCCGACACGCCCUCCUCACGUGACUCGCACACGCGCUGCUCCACGCCCGACUUCACCUACGAGGAGAGGACGGUACAUCCCUGGGACCCUCGCACAUUCCCGCUCUCUGAGGAGCCUGCCAUAUUGGAUGAGCCAAGUGGACCAGACAAUACAUCCAGGAACACCUCAGGCAUCCAAUCGGGCCACAUGAGGGCGGAGUCAGAAAGUGAGCCUGUCUCACCAUGACAACGGCAUUGUUGAUACCGCUUGCUGACAGACUGAUCACACUCUCCAGCAUUAAGAGAAAAGGAAAAAAAAUGCUUCAUCUCAAAAAGAAUUAUAAAAGGACUUCUGCUGUUUGAUAUUCAAACACCAGCCAAAUAUCUUCACAGUUUUUAGUGAAUAAUAUGGAACAUCAGUCAAACCUGUCUUUUGCCAUUGACAAAAAAAAAAGGUAAACAAAAGAAAAAACAGAAAUAAAACAAACAAAAAUGUUCAGUGUGAGAGGUUCCCAUAAAUGUUAUGUUCAUUGGCUUAACAAUGUUCUUGGGACGUAGUGUGCUACUCUAUUCUGUCAGGUGUACACUUCUGUAGAGCACUAUGUAGCAGACUUCUAAAUGGGGGCUUGGUCAAGAGGGGAGGGUUUCUCUGCUGGUUUUCUGUGUUGCUGUGUAGAGGAGUGACAAAAAACAAAACACGGGAAUGGAUUUCACCACCCAUCCCAAUCCCUCAUUCCUUAAAAGUACAUAAUUUUUUUUUUUUUUUUUUUUUUGAAAAGUCUGAUUUCUCGUCAUUUGCUUGCUUUCCUGACAUGGUGUGUAGCAGAACAGCAAAUGUUCCCUUUGAAUCAUCUACUAAUAUUUGUCAUCAACCAAUCAAUUAAUUUCCAUUGCAACUAUGGAAGCAUGCAUAAUCAUUUAGGAAGUAUAGGCCAAAACAUGCCAUCUGACUGGCUAGCAGCAGGUGCUAUAAAACAGUGGAUGGCUAACUAAACAUUGCUAAAGAUAAUUAACCAAAAAGGGUUUGAUUUAUUUCAAUUAUACAUCCUAAAUAAAGUCUUUCAAAAUCAGCAUUUUAUAUUACGAUUUAGCAAGCAAUUUGGGCACAUUUUGGAGUGCUCUAGAAUUUGAAAGGUGUUCGCUUUUGGUUUGAUUACUUAUUCAGGGAAUUGCAGGGGACCUGUGCCCACCAUCCCAGCACACCAACUUGAAUAUAACAAGAUCAUGAUGUGUACAUGUGCACAUUUUUUUUGCAGUCUAGCUAUCACAAUUAUCAGAGGUGUUUUGAGUUGGUGAGCCCAAAUUCAUUCUACCAAAUAUGCAGAAUUAAUCUCAAGAUCUCCCAUCCUUUAAUAGUUUAGAUUAUGUUUCUUCAGCCCUACCCAUUUGAUCAAAAGGCAAGUCAUGUUUUCUAUCCAUCAACUGUUUUGUUUUUGUCACUUCAGGGUGUCUACUCCUUAAGCACUGUUUCCUCGUUAGUAAUUGAUUGCUAUGCAAGUCCACUAUAUUGUUGUCUGAUCCUAAUCCUGUGUGUUUUUUUUAUGUUUUAUUCCAGUCAUUGAGUCACUGUUUUUCUUUUACGUCAUUUAUCAGUUUUUGUAGGGUUUUUUUUUUUUCUGACAGGUUUCAUUUUACAAGUUCAAAUAUUACAGCAGUUAACCUCAUUUGCAAAGAAAAAAAAGUUUGUAAAUAGUACCAUUAAAACCUUUAUGUCAUACUUGGCAAACAAACCACAAAA